AUUGGACUGACUUUGAUUCAUGAUUUGUAAUACCUAGUUAACCUCAACAUCAUACUUUGAGAACAAUUGAAAAGUUAAAUAAUGCGAUUUACGAGUCGUUUGCAUGCCCAACAUUUGGGAUGGUCAUUUAAAAAACAUUGGCAAACACAAGGCAAACGGAUUCCAAAUGAUACUGGUGCUGCCAGCGAGUUAGAAAAAAAAGAAAUUUUGAUCAAAAAUACAGGGGAUGCUACAGCUCACGAUAAAUUCAAAACAAACAUUGGGUCACUCACGCACCACCAGUGGCAUGACAAAUUUUGUUACAUAUAUUGCAAAGAAACCGUUUUAUUGGAGGGUUUGCCGCAAGCUCAGUUACUAACGAAUACAGUUAAAAUUAAAGGACUUCCAAAGUCGUUAUACGAGUUGAUUAUUAACCUAAAGAUUCCAAGCAGUGUUGAACGAAAUGCUGAAUUAGCAGUUACGAAAUCAAAUGUGUAUGAUGCUGAACAGUCUUCAUUGCCAAGAACUCGAAACGUGGAUCGCCCGGCUUAUAAAUAUCCCAGAGUAUAUGGAGCAUCACAACUGCGGAGUAAAAGUGAUAGACUUGGUAGCAGAGGAGGUGGUGUUGUUUUGCGUGUUGUAAAUGAUAUGAGUCAUAAACUUGUGUGUAAAGGAAGCUCUUAUGGAGAUGUUGAAUAUGUUUUUGUGAGGUUGUUGUUAAUAACAGUUGUUUAUUUGCCUCAUGGUGAUAUUUUGGCUUUGGAAGAUGAAAUUUCUGACCUAGAGGUAAGGUAUUCCAAUGUCAUCAUUAUGUGGGACGUUAAUAAUAAUAUGUUUGAUUUAAACCGAAGUGUAUUGGUACGUGAUGUUUGUAGUCGUUUGAAUUUAUCUGCUGUUCAUAAUUCAAUGCCAACACAUAAUGACGUUGCGCAUAAUUCAACUUCUUUGUUAAAUUAUUAUUUUUGUCGUAUUUGAGUUUGUUAGCAUAUUCAGAUCUGACUCACUGGUCAAUAUACUAAAUUGUGGUGUUCAAUGUUUAAUAACAGUGAUUGGUUUAAGACUUUCGUUAUCAUGUUUUCCUUAGAGAUUCUGCAUAUAAGGCGUAUUUUCAAAAUAGGACUUUAGAUAAUUGGAUGAAUUUUCUAAAAUUGUUGAAUAUGAGAAAUAUGAAGUUGAAUAGUGCGUUCACUAUUGCACCCGAGUUAAAAUGGAUUUAGAUGUAAUCGUAGCACAACAUCUCUUCUGGUUGUGUCAGUGCUGGUGAUUGUUGUGUUUUAUUAUCACUUGAUUUGGGAAAAGUCGUUUGACAGGAUUAAUCGCGCCAAUUUAAUUACUAAGCUGCACAUUUUCUUAAAUUUUUCGUCCUCGGCUUGUAAGUUAAUGUUUUCUUACUUGUUCGGGAGAAAACAGUAUGUCUGCUGUAAAAAUGUUGUUUCCAGUCUUCUUCCAGUCAGUAGUGGUGUGUCACAGAGAUCUGUUCUUGGCCGUCUAUUGUUCGUCAUGUAUGUUAAUGAUUCGUUUGCAUUUGCUGAUGACAUUCAAAUUUUGUUUAAAUCAAUUGAUUUUAAUGUUAAUAAGUUGGUAACUUGGUUGUCCUGUAACAGUCUCUCAAUAAAUACUAAUACUAAUCUAAA